AUGUCUACACCAGAAGUUGCAACGUCUGCUCCGGCUGAACCCCAAACCACAUCCACCGAUGUUCCUACCACGAACGGUCCCACUGCCAUCAAUACCAACGUAGGUUCAGGUGAAAGCUCUGGAGAUGCAGACCUCCAAACCCCAAAUUCUGCAGCCCCGAGCUCGGCGCAACCACACUCUGCCUCUCUUUACGUGGGAGAACUGGACCCUGCUGUGACCGAAGCCAUGCUCUUUGAACUAUUUUCUACCAUCGGCCAAGUAGCUUCGAUCCGCGUUUGCCGUGAUGCAAUCACUCGUCGCUCGUUGGGCUAUGCCUAUGUUAACUACAACAACACAUCUGACGGUGAAAAAGCGCUGGAAGAAUUGAACUACACUGUUAUCAAAGGUCGUCCUUGCCGUAUCAUGUGGUCCCAGCGGGAUCCUGCCCUUCGCAAAACCGGACAAGGCAACGUCUUCAUCAAGAAUCUGGAUCCUGCGAUUGACAACAAAGCUCUUCAUGACACUUUCAACCAAUUUGGAAACAUCCUCAGCUGCAAGGUCGCGCAGGACGAGUUUGGCAACUCCCGAGGCUAUGGCUUCAUUCAUUUUGAGACCGGGGAUUCUGCAAGUCGCGCCAUCCAAGGUGUGAAUGGUAUGUUGCUUUGCGACAAGAAAGUCUUUGUGGGUCAUCACAUUGCGAAGAAGGACCGUCAGAGCAAAUACGAAGAAAUGAAGGCCAACUUCACCAAUCUGUACGUGAAGAACAUCGAUGCCGAGGUAACAGAUGACGAAUUCACUCAACUCUUCGAGAAAUUUGGUGAUGUGACUUCUGCCGCUAUCACACGUGAGCCUGAUACUGGCAAGAGCCGCGGAUUUGGCUUCGUCAACUACAUCGAUCAUGAGCACGCCGCAAAGGCAGUGGAGGAACUCAACGACAAGGACUUCCAUGGUCAGAGCCUCUACGUUGGACGUGCACAGAAGAAGCAUGAACGUGAAGAAGAGUUGCGUAAGCAAUAUGAGGCGGCUCGAGUCGAAAAGGCCUCGAAAUACCAGGGCGUCAACCUUUACGUCAAGAAUCUGACUGACGAUGUCGAUGAUGAUAAGCUUAGGGAUCUGUUCGCUCCAUACGGCACCAUUACUUCGUCGAAAGUGAUGCGGGAAACAUUAGACCGACCAUCUUCGCCAGAUUCGGACAAGGACAAGGACAAGGAAAACAAAAAGGAGGUGAAAACCGAGGAAGGUGAGGAUGAGAAGAAAGCCGACGAUGAGACCGAGGAUAACAAGGCUGAGGGGGCGGCCAAAGAAUCCACUGAUAGCAAAGAGAGCAAAAAGGCUGCCCAGAGGACUUUCGGAAAGAGCAAAGGGUUUGGCUUCGUGUGCUUCAGCAAUCCCGAUGAGGCCACCAAAGCUGUCACCGAGAUGAACCAGAAGAUGGUCAAUGGCAAACCGCUCUACGUAGCUCUUGCACAACGCAAAGAUGUUCGCAAGAACCAGCUUGAGCAGAGUAUGCAGGCUCGGGCUACUCUUCGACAACAACAAGCAGCUGGCAUGGCUGGCAUGCCUCAAGGCUUCAUACAGAACCCAGUCUUCUACGGGCCAGGGCAGCAGCCUGGGUACCUGCCGACCAAUGCGCCGCGCGGUGCCAUGCCCUUCGCUCAGCCAGGCAUGGUGAUUCCCGGAAUGCCUGCAGGCCGCCCAGGUCAAUAUCCUGCUGGCUUUGCCCAGCAAGGCCGAGGCAUGCCUCAAGGUCAACAAAUUCCGGCAAACUUCGCGGUCCCUGGUCAAAUGCCAUUCAUGCAAGCUAAUCCUCCUAUGCUCAACGGCAUGGGUUACCCUCAAGCACUUGCUACACAAUCUUUAGGACGUGGUGGAAACCGUGGUCAGAUGGCAGGCAUGCAAGGUAUCCCACCAACCAUGGCCAAUAUUCCGGGCCUGCGGGCUGGUCAGGGCUAUGCUCCAGGUGGGCCUCGUGGUGGUUUGCCGAGCAUGCAGGGUCAAGGUGGACGUAUGGGGCCAGGUGGACGGGGCCAGAUGAUGGGACAGAUGGCUGCGGUCAUGCCUCAAGAUGGUCAAAGUCCUCUCGUUCGGAGCUUGAGCGCAGCACCACCCGACGCGCAGAAGCAGCUGAUUGGAGAAGCAAUCUAUCCGAAGAUUGCCGCACAGCAACCUGAGCUCGCUGGCAAAAUCACUGGGAUGCUCCUGGAGAUGGAGAGUGAAGAGUUGCUUGGCUUGGUCGACAAUGAUGAAGCUCUUCGUGCCAAAGUCAACGAGGCCCUUAGCGUCUACAAGGAUUACAUGGAGAAUCGCGGCGAAGGCAAUGCCGGUCCCAAUGGUGAAGAAGUCUCUGGGAACGAAGGCCAGCCGGAAGCUGUUCAAACCUAG